AUGUGGUCUGUACUUUUAUUUCUUGUCCUUAACAAAUAUACAGUGUAUGGUGAUUUCAAUCCUGGUACCAGCAAUUACGAUGCUUAUGGAGUCAAAAUAGCUGUCAACAAUAUGUUAUUGGUCGAAGCACAAAGUGCAGCUGCGACGUUUCUGGUUCAAUUCUCACCGUACAAUUACACAAGAAGUACAUUGCAAUGCACAAUUGAUUAUGAUGAUACUACACAUUAUGUUUAUACGGUAGGCGUAGGAUUCUAUCAAAAUACAAGUGCCUAUCCGUACUUUUAUUUUGCUGGCGAAAUACCCAACGGAUGGGCAGCCACUGAUUCAUCAGGUCACAAUGGUACAUUUAUUGGCAUAUGGGUCAAUCAAGAUCCAAACAACACACAAUCCUAUGUCAAUAGUCAACAGAGUAUAUCUUGUGACUAUUUUCAAGUAGAAAAUCUUCAAUUUAUUUCUACAUAUGGUCAUCAAGAAUUUUUUGUAGUGGCUAUCGAACCUUACGGUCAAUAUGCAAUCGGUAUGGCUACGGAUUUUAUUUUCAUUUAUUACCCAUUUUCUUCGAGUAAUAUCACUCUCAAGCAGAGUACACCCGUUUGGCCGAAUAAUGCUACAUUUCAUCCACUUGCGGCUGAUGCGACUGGAACAUUUACAGUCGUAGCUGGUUUGUUAAAGAACUCAGCUCAAUCUCAAGUUCGUGCAACACCUACCGUCUAUGUAUUACGGAACAGUAAUCUCUCCAUCUUAGCAUGA